CAAUAGAUGCAAUGAAUGUUAUAUGAUAAUAUAUAAAAAAUACGUAACAUGACAAAAGAAACUAAUAUCCGUAUAAUUAAUAGAUACCAAAAGAAAUAUUAAAUAAUACUCUAAAAUGGAUAUUACGUUGCUUAUAGCUUUGGCAUCAGUAACAUUACUAAUAUUGCUAAGCAUAAGUCUUUUCUUCCAAUCAAGAACCCCAAAAUUGAAAGAUCUUGAAAAUCGUGCUGCAGCACGACAGAGAGAUGGGGCUCAGCGACGAGCUCAGCUUGCCAGAAAUCGUGGUGCUAGACUAAGAGCAACCGCUCGAGUAAGAGAACAGAGUGAAGGUGAUUCAGAUGGUGAAAAUGUUGACAACAGUGAAACACAAGCAGAUAUCGAACUUCCUGGAGAGAAAAUUGGUGCCAAAAAGAGGGCAAAAUUAGAAGCUAAAGCAGAGAAGAAAGCUCAACGAGAAGCUGAAGAACAACAGAGACAGGAACGAAAGAAAAAGGAACAACAAGCUGAAAAUGAAAGAAGAAAGCAAGAAGAAAAGGAAAGAGCAGAAGAAAAAGCAAGAGAGGAGGCAGAACGUAAAGAAAAAGAAGAAAAAGAGAGGAGAGAAUAUGAAGAAUACUUAAAAAUGAAGGAAGCAUUUAGCAUAGAAGAGGAAGGAUAUGAAGAAGGAGAUGAAGAAGGUCAUCAAAAUCUUCUACAAGAAUUUGUCAAUUAUAUUAAAAAUAAUAAAGUAGUGGUUAUUGAGGACCUUGCUGCUCAUUUUAAGUUAAAAACUCAGGCUGCAAUUGAUAGAAUACAAGAUUUGCUCAAGGAUGAAAUCUUAACAGGUGUCAUUGAUGAUAGAGGAAAAUUCAUUUAUGUUUCUCCACAAGAAAUGGAUGCAGUUGCUAAAUUUAUCAAACAACGUGGAAGAGUUUCCAUAGCUGAGUUGGCAGAAAAUAGUAAUCAGUUAAUUAAUUUGACUCCUACCAUGGUACAAAGUUAACAUAUAAAUAAUUCCUAGAAAAUACCUAACAAUUACCAGAAAAUUUUGUUUGUAUGAUACAUUUGUAACAUUAUGUUUCAAUUUAAUU